GUAGAGUAGCAGCAGGUUCAUAAUAUCAGUAGCAGCAGCAGGGUCAGCUCCGCUCCACACCUACUGAGCACUGGGGCAUCAUGCAGAGGAAGAGUAGCUUCACUGGUCUCCUAAUCACUGCUCUGUGUGCAGUGGCCUCUGGUAAACUCAGAGAAUAUCACUAUGUGUCUGAAGAGAAGACCUGGUCAGAGGCUCAGCGGUACUGUCGUGAGCACUACACUGACCUGGCCUUCAUCAGCAACCAGGAAGAAGUAGAUCAGCUCCUUCCCAUUUCAAGGGGUGAUUGGACCUGGAUUGGUUUGCACAGAGAUGCUAACGACCCAACAGGAUGGACAUGGUCAGGAGGAGAGAACUCAGCAUUUAGGUUUUGGAAGUCAGGAGAGCCAAACAAUGCUGGUGGCAUUGAGGACUGUGUCAUGGUACAGUGGGAUGUGAGAUGGAUGGAUUCGCGUUGCUCCCAGACACACCCCUUCUUAUGCUACAAGGAGAAGCUGAUCCUGGUUCAGGAGAUGAAGACAUGGGAGGAGGCUCUGGAGUACUGCAGGGAUCACUACACCGACCUCCCCAGCCUGCUCUCUAAGACUGAACAUCUCCAGGCCCAGAGCAAGAUGGAGGGCACACAGACGGACCAUGUGUGGACGGGUCUGAUCUUCUUGGCCAGAGAAUGGCUGUGGGUGAACGGGGACCACCUGGAGUACCAGGCCUGGCCUGGCGGGGAGCUGCCCCACUGCCCCACCCAAUACCUCCACUGUGGGACCCUGACCAGAGAUGAAGAGCACUGGGGAACCAGGAACUGUAAGGAGAGGAGGAACUUCCUCUGCUACAGAGCGUGAGCCCCAGAGGAGAGAGAUAUUACUACUGUGGCUGACCCUGUAAAACAACACAUUUCCUGCACCUAUCUGGUGUAUGUGACAAUAAGACAUAUAUUUUUUGGUGUGUGUUUUCUACAAUAGUCUACUAUUUUUGUACCUGUAGAUACCGUGGUUAUGAUAGUGGGUGCUUUGUGUGUACAAAGACCAUAACACUGGGCACAGAUAACACUGGGCACAGAUGUCAGUUCAAUGUCUAGUUUUGAUAACAUUUAAUUGAGUUGGUAAUUAACUUCUUUUUUUUUUACCAUGUCAUUCGAUUUAGGUAGGGUGAAAAAAUAUAGACAAGAAAUCACGGAAUUCCUUCAGGUUGAUGACUCUGCAAAUCCAAUCAGUUUUCCUCUUUGAUUCAUCCCCAUCAGAAUGAAAAACAGUAACAGCAGAUAAGAACGUACACAUCAUGUAUUGUAUAUCAUGUAAGGAAACCAACUGUUGGUAUGAAAUAAAUAAUUAAC